GCCUCCGAACCGGAAGUAGAAGGACUGUGGCGUGCCUGCUAGGAAAUCUGUCCCGGAUGUUAGCCGUUUCUAUACGGUGAUGCCUACCGGUUAGCCAAAACGCAACCGUAUCCGAGUGUCAUGUGCGCGGUGACAGCAUCGACGAAAGCAGGUGCCUGUUCCAGUUUGAGCUCUGUAGCUACAUUGAGUGUGAAGCACUGACAGACUUCCAGCUGCUCCUCUGACCGCUGCUCUUCUCCAUGAGGUACAGAGGAGCACAGCUCUGUCGCUGGGCUCAUGGCUCGUGCUGCCUGUCCCGCCUCUCCCUCUCUGGAUCUCUGUGUGGCAGAACUACUCUAGUCCGUACCUACAGUGCUCACCAUGAGCCAACCUCCACACCACCCCCUAACCCUGCACCUCCUGAGGGGAAGGGUGGAGCCGAGGUGGUGAAGCAGCGGGCCCUGGCUGCCCUACAGUAUGCAGGUGAGCUGGGGCGGCAGUGGGGUCAGAGGUCGGCUCAAACGGCCACAGCCUCGGUCAACUACUGGUGGGAGAGGUACGAGGAGUUUGUCGGGCUCAACGAGGUCCGGGAGGCUCAGACCAACGUCACUGAGGCUGAGGCAGCGUUCAUGGUGGCCAGAGGGAUGGUGCGUGAGGCCCAUGCCAGCCUGGAGGCCCUGCAGGUCCGGCUGAAGGAGGUCCGGGACCGGCUGGACCGAGUGUCCAGGGAGGAGGCUCAUUACCUGGAGCUGGCCACGCUGGAGCACAAACUGCUGCAGGAGGAGCGCCGUCACCGGACAACCUACGAGAAUGCUGAGGGUUCAGAGAGGGAGAAGUUCAAUUUGUUUUCAGCAGCCGUCAGAGGGAGCCACGAAAAGGAGAGGACAAGAGCCGAACGGACCAAGAACUGGUCCAUCAUUGGCUCGGUGCUGGGAACCCUGAUCGGGGUCAUGGGAUCGACUUAUGUCAACCGUGUCCGCCUGCAGGAGCUGAAGACUCUGCUGCUGGAGGCCCAGAAGGGUCCAGAGAGUCUACAAGAAGCUCUCCACGUCCAGGCAGGAAACCAUCGCUCCCAGCGGGACGAGCUCCGAGCUCUCAUUGACAGCCUCAAGGUCACUUUGACCGACGCCUUCACACCGACGAGCCCAGUCCUCAAAGUCCAGAGAGCUCCAGCACCAGAGCCACCCAGUGUGCCUGUCUCAGCCUUAAAAGACCUCACCAUCUUUAGCCAAAGGACACAGUCCCUGCUCGAGUCCCUCCAACCACAACUGGGACAACUGGAGCAAGGCCUUGGUAGAGUUGAGAGCAAACUGUCGGUGGUGAAAGGGCUGCUGGACGCCAGACCACAGGCUGAACCCCGGGCUCCUGAACCGCGGGUAGAGACACCAGAGAGAGAACAGAGAGUGGACCUGUGGGAAUCUGAGGUGGCGGCGAGGCGUCUUGAGGAGACCCAGAGGACGCUGGGAGAAGGGAUAAGGACAAACACUAUUUAUAAUGCUGUGUUUACUUACACCGCCACCGCCAUCACCAUCUCUGCCGUCUACCUGAUGCUCAGGGGAGCUGGUUAGACGUGAGGCCAACACACUGAGUAUGUCCACGUGCACUGAUAAGUUAUCAGACACUGGGGAAAUAAAAUCCGAAUUAUAUCCUAAUAUAACAUUGGUGUGGUUGGAAGCAUAGACUGUAAAUAAAGACGGAUGACAACAAAUAUUAAGCCUCCGAUUUUGGAAGCUGUCAUUUCGUCCAUCUUUAUACACAGUCUGUGUUUGUGAGUAAACUCUAAUGAACGAGUUCCAGCUAUUUUGGGCUGAUGUCUGCUGAACCACUAAAGCUGCUUUCAGAUACUUUGUGAUCUCAAGAUAAAAUGUAAACAGAAUUUAACAUGAUCACUCGGCAAUAUAAGUUUUCAUCAUCUCUUUUUCCAUCACUGUACAAUAAAUGUUUAAUUCUCUUCAACUCCUGAUAGAAAACAAAGCAAAUCCUCACAGAGGCUGGAGUCAGGACGUCUUUGAUUUUCUAAAUGUAUUUGUUUAUUUUCUCAUCUAUCGGACCAAUUAGUUCAGGCCUCAGUGGAUUUCAGUGUUUGUAUCUGGAGUUGGACCAGCUGAGAGGGAAGGACCAUGUUUCUGUCUCUACAUGUUAAAAUAACUCAGUGCUCAUACGUAAGGAGAACACGCACAAUGACGCUUCACUGAUUCUCUUCAGAUUAAUGAAGAUAUAAGAAGAAUUAAAGAAAUAAGUGAGUUUUUAAUAAUCAGGGUAAGAAAAUACUCGUGAAAUGACACAGAUGAAGAAAAAUAUCCUUUAAUUCAAAUAAUUAAGGUAACCAGUAAUCACUGUAAUCAUAUUUAGUUAAAUACAUCAGUACAAUUUUAACUGUGAGAAAAUGUCUGAAAACGUGAAUGAGGUUUGGCAGACUCCUCCAUUACCUCCAAGCUGCUUUGUGUCGUCAUGUUUGAUUUAGUUUGUCAUGUUGUUGACUGUGUGCACUAAGCUGAUGAUGAUGAUGAUGAAGAUGAUCACUGCAGGUCUGUCUCCCUGAUUUACUGAUAUUUUCAAAUGAUUUUACAAUGCUUCGCUGAUUAAUCGAGUGGUUCAUAAAACCCCCUCGAUCCAGAUUUGUAUUUUUAUUGCAUAAACUCAAUCGAUACCAUCUCCCUAAACAUGUCUGAAUACUUACAUGUCAUUCUG